GUAUCGUCAAAAGCUAUUAAUCUAGUUAAAGGUCAUUUACAGUCGUAUCCUUGUCCCGUGAAUCUAAAUUUUAUGUGGAAUUUCGGGUUUUUAAUUGCUGUGGCAAUUAUGUUACAAAUUAUUUCUGGUGUGUUACUGGCUUCAAUAUUUACAGCGGAGAUUACUUUAGCGUAUAAUAGUGUACAAUAUAUGAUCAGGGAAAUAGGAUCAGGUUGGUUAUUUAGGUAUGUGCACGCGACAGCGGCUUCAUUUGUAUUUAUAUUUUCAUACAUUCAUAUUAUAAGAGCAAUCUCGUUCGGUUCAUGUUAUUACCUAUCGUUAACUUGGUUAAGUGGCUUGGUUAUGUUCAUACUUACAAUUGUAACAGCAUUUUUAGGUUAUGUAUUACCAUGGGGUCAGAUGAGUUUCUGGGCAGCUACCGUGAUUACUAAUUUGCUGUCAUCGAUUCCAUUCUUGGUCUCCUGGUUAUGUGGUGGAUAUUACGUAUCCAACCCGACACUGAAGCGCUUUUUUGUGCUCCAUUUUAUACUUCCAUUCGUUAUUUUAGGUCUGAUCCUUAUACACAUAUUAUAUCUACAUUUAACUGGAAGUAAUAAUCCAUUAGGUAUUGACACUCCAAAUAAAGUUACAUUCUAUCCAACCAUUUUAUGGUUGGAUCUGAAAGGAUUAAGUACCUUUGUGGUGAUUCUAUCAAUUCAGGUAUUUAUUGGAAUCGUAACGCUGUCACACCCAGAUAACAGCUGUGUGGUUGAUAGAUUCGUUACACCAUUACAAAUAGUACCGGAGUGGUAUUUCCUGCCAUUCUAUGCGAUGCUUAAAUCAAUACCACAUAAAACCAGCGGUCUAAUUGUAAUGAUCUGUUCCAUUCAAUGCAUUUACAUGUUAGCGGAGCAGCGUCAUGUAAAUACGAAUAUACAAAUUAGAUCUACGCACGGCAGGUCUAUAAUGUCAAUGUCAUUCUGGCUCUAUUCUUGUCUAUAUUCUUUGAUCUGGGUUGGAAGUCAAUUACCUCAGUGUACUUACCUCUCCUACGGACGUAUCUUUGUAAUUAGUUAUUUUUCAAGUGGAGUGCGUAUGAUUGCUUUGGAAAACCAGAACUACUAUAAUUAUACAUUUACACUACAUG